AUGGAUUCAGAACCAUUGGUAUCGGGAUGUGAAUCUCGUAGCUGUAUAGAAGAUAAUGAACCAAACGAACAAGCUGCUCUAAGAUAUAUUGCCCCGAUAAAGAACAAACUUUCAAGUGUAUUUUUUACUGAAGCUUUCAGUAAGACACGAGCUCUGAAUUUAGUAUUAAGCAAUCAUGUUGUGACAGUCGAGUUGUUGAUCGCCACUUCGGCCUACUCCCACGACGCCGUCUUCAGCGACCGAAUGAGUGUUCCUUCAAGAUAUCUCCGAAUAGACCUUCAGGUCUCAAUGGACUUAUUCGACAACAGUGCUCUCAGUGAUACCAUAGACCUUAAAGGGAUGGUCUUCGAUUCGAAGGUUCGACCCAUCCGCGACCGUAAGACUGGUCAGUCGCCACUUACAACGGCAUGUACUUCAGCCCUGAGCGUGGCCUCGUCAAGCAAGCUAUCAAGAUCUCCCAGCGCUAAGUUGAGGGCUAUCCGUCUCGAGAACUACGGUGCCAGGAGGAUCAAGGACGACAAGCCCCUUGCCGGUGUCUAA